CGGUUUUGUUAGCAUAUUAAUGAGGUUAAACAACAUUCUAUCCUUAGGGUUUCCUGCUCAUGUAAGAGGCCUAAAGAAGGUUUUUAUUUCCAGUGCAGUGGAUGUGGUGUCUGGUAUCAUCUUGAAUGCCAAGACUGAUCUGUUAAAGAGAGACAUCCUAGAAGAUGAAGAUGCAGUAGGAUAUACUGCAGAGGGUGCAAUUAGGGCUAAACGGAAGUCACGUGACCAACCCUGGAUCUUAUGUAGAGUUUUCUCCCUCGUAGUACAUUAUUAUAAGUUAUCACGUGUUUGGCUAAACCGUCACGUAUUUGACACUAAUCCUUGAACCUUAAACCUUGCCGGUCUAUUUCGUUUGAAGCAGGAAGUUGUCAUGGAUUUACCGUCACGGAUUUGACUUUACAAAUCUUAUGCUUUCCGUCACGUGUAUAACCUGCGAUCAGGCUCGUUCUUUUGGAAAGGGAGAAGGAUGAGAUGUAGGGAGGGAGGGUAUGAUCGCAGGUUAUCACGUAUACGUCAAGGGUCCACCACGGAGCCAUCAUGGACUCAACUGUCUCGUGUUUUACACAUUUUGAGCGUCGCACCAAAUCCAUGACCAUCACGGGUUUCACGAAUUACGUUUUAAGUGCCUUUAAGCUAGAAUUUUAUCAAAUUCGAACAAUGACUUCAUCUGUUUUCUCGGGGUUUCGUUCCAGUUUGCCGUUCUUGGUGUUGUUUGUGGCGAGUUACACUUUAGCUAAGCCGAGAAAUAACGCUAAUGGCGACCCGGUCGGUUCUAUAGCCACAAAGCAAUAUAACAACGUGUAUUUGUACACAGCACCAAACCAUGAGAUUAAAACUAUUCUUCAAGAAAUGAAGAAACAACUCACUCAACUGCAAGAUGACAUCCUCAAAGAGAAAAAGACGACUGUGAAGGGCAAACCAAACAACAGCCGGUGAGGGGUGGACAGUGUUCCAGAAGAGAUUGGAUGGCUCCAUUGAUCUCUACCGCGGCUGGGUCGACUACAAGAAUGGCUUCGGUAACCUGAAUGGCGAGUUUUGGCUGGGACUGGACAAGAUACACCGCUUGACGAACACAAAGAAC